GGGCAGUCUCCUGGAAGAAGUUAAAAUUCAUGGAACCGUGGACGUUCAGGAAUUUCCUUUUCUGUUUGCGCACUAAAAUCCAUUUACUCGUUUACUUUACCUUCACGAUCGGGAAUUGGCUAUUGCUGCAUUUCAAUUUUUCGAAUUUGAGCGUUCGAAUCAGUAUAGAAGUUGAUUGGUGUUGAUCUCUUGAAAUUGCUCGUACUUGAUUUUUUUUGCGGGAAGUUUUGAUUUGGUUAUUUGUUCGGAUCGGAAGAAUUCGAAUCGGCGAGGGAAUUUUUUUAAGAAUUAAAGCAAAUGCAGAGCAAGGGAUCGAGUGCGCGAUUCACUGGACUGGCGAUUCGGUCCCGAAUUUCAACUCUGAUGUUUUCCAUGUUCGCGACUUUUGCUUCGCUAUACGUCGCCGGACGAUUGUGGCAGGAUGCAGAGAACAGGGUUUACUUAGUUAAGGAGCUCGACCGAAUAACCGGCCAGGGAAAAUCCGUGAUGACAGUAGAUGAGUCGUGGAAAAUCAUAGAUUGCAGGGAACGGUUAAAGAAACUAUCAGAAUUAGAGAUGGAACUUGCAGCUGCACGGCAAGAGGGUUUUCAAUCAAAGCUUUUAUCCGAGUACAAUAAAAAUUCUAAACGACGUCCACUUGUAGUGAUAGGAAUAUUCACAGGGUUUGAUCGUAAAAGCCACAGAGAUGCCAUACGGAAAGCAUGGAUGGGAACUGGUAAAACUUUGACUAAGCUGGAGGAACAGAAGGGUAUCGUCAUUCGUUUUGUAAUUGGCAGAAGUCCUAAUCGGGGAGACAGCUUUGAUCGGAGCAUCGAUAAUGAAAACAGGCAAACUCAUGAUCUUUUUAUUCUUGAAGACCAUGUAGAGGCUCCCGAAGAACUACCAAAAAAGACGAAACUAUUCUUCGCCCAUGCCGCAGAAUUUUGGGAUUCAGACUACUUUGCAAAAGUCAACGACGAUGUAUAUUUAAAUGUUGAUGGUUUGAGCAAUAUUCUGAGUGCUCAUUUCAACAAACCACGCGCAUACAUCGGGUGCAUGAAAUCAGGCGAAGUUUUCUCCGAAAAGGGUCAGAAAUGGUACGAACCAGAAUGGUGGAAAUUCGGGGACGGUAAAAAUUACUUCCGCCAUGCUUCAGGCGAGAUAUUCGUCAUAUCGCAGGCUCUGGCGAAGUUCGUAUCGAUCAACAGAUCCAUUCUUCGCGUAUAUGCCCACGACGAUGUCAGCGUUGGCUCAUGGUUUAUCGGGGCAGAUGUCAACCAUGUCGAUGAGAGGAAGUUUUGCUGCUCAUCUUGGUCCUCAGGUGCUAUAUGUUCGGGCGUAUGAUCUUCUCGUUGAGGGCUUGCGCCGGGGAGACUGUAAGGAACCCGAGUUUCUUGACAAUGCUAACAGAUCCAUUGCACAUAUGGGCGAGUUUAUUUCAAGAGGCAGGUAUUCUUUUCACCGUCACCCGCUCGACACUUUUUAUACAUUUACACACACAUACGAGAGAGUAUGUUAUAGAGAAUUAUGAUGUUGCACGUAGAAGCGAAAUCAUAGGAAGAAAUUCGAGCGAGGUGAAGGUAGAUCGAUCAUUCAAACGUUUACUCCCGUAGUUUCUAAAAAUUGAAUCUAACCACAUUUUUAUCUUUA